AUGCACAAGUGGGUGUUCGGGGCGGGGGCCCAGACCGCAGAGGACCUGGUUAAGCUGAUGGUCCUGGAAUGGUUCUAUGGAGAAUACCUACCCAACCUGAGGCUGUGGCUGAAGGCCAGGAAGGGAGAGGAAUCGCACGACGCAGGGAAGCUGACUGAUGAUCCAGGUAAGAUCAUCGGGGGGAAAGAAGCCAAGCCCCACUCCAGGCCCUACAUGGCCUUUCUGGAAAUACAAGAUGGAGAGGAGACUUUUGGCUGCUGCGGGUUCCUGGUGGCGGAGAACUUUGUGCUGACGGCCGCUCACUGCCCCGGGGCUGGGAUGGAGAUCAAUGUCAUCUUGGGAGCCCACGACAUUGGAAACAUGGAACGGACCCAGCAGAAAAUGUCAGUGAGCAAAAAGAUCCCACACCCGGAAUAUGACGAAGAAACUUUUAAUAACGACAUCAUGCUGCUGAAGGUACAUUCCCUGUGCAACGUGUCUGGAUGGGGCAUGACCAGCUUGACCGCCACAACUGACACCCUUCGGGAAGUGAACCUGUCGGUGGUGACUGAUGAUGAUUGUAAGAGUCGGUACCUUAACUAUUUCCCCAUCUCCAUGCUGUGUGUAGGGGUCCGCCGCUACCGAAGGUCAACUUACCAGGGCGAUUCUGGAGGCCCUCUUGUGUGCGGUGGAGUGGCCGAGGGCAUCGUCUCCUUUGGUGUCAAGAACAGCAUCACGCCUCCUGUUGUGUUCACUCGGAUUUCCCACUUUCUGCCCUGGAUCAAGGCCAACAUGCGGUAA